CUUCCGAGGCUGCGGCGCGGGCUGGCGGGAGGGCAGACGGGCCGGCGCUCCUGGCCCCGUUGUGCUACGGCCGCUGCGGCCUGUGCGUCCCCCGGUCCCACCAUGGAGCCCGGGCCCCCAGCCAUCCGCGAGGGCUGGUUCCGGGAGACGUGCAGCCUGUGGCCGGGCCAGGCCAUGUCUCUGCAGGUGGACGAGUUGCUCCACCACCAGCGCUCCCGCUACCAGGAGAUCCUGGUCUUCCGCAGUAAGACCUACGGCAACGUCCUGGUGCUGGAUGGAGUCAUCCAGUGCACCGAGAGGGAUGAAUUCUCAUACCAGGAGAUGAUCGCCAACCUGCCUCUCUGCAGCCACCCCAGCCCACGAAAGGUGCUAAUCAUUGGUGGCGGGGAUGGCGGCGUCCUUCGGGAAGUGGUCAAGCACCCGUCCGUGGAGUCCGUAGUCCAGUGUGAGAUUGAUGAGGAUGUGAUCCAGGUCUCUAAGAAGUAUCUGCCGGGCAUGGCCGUGGGCUACUCCAGCCCGAAGCUGACCCUGCACGUCAAAGACGGCUUUGAAUUCAUGCAGCAGAACCAGGACGCCUUUGACGUGAUCAUCACCGACUCCUCGGACCCCAUGGGUCCUGCCGAGAGUUUGUUCAAAGAGUCCUACUACCAGCUCAUGAAGACGGCGCUGAAAGACAACGGGAUCCUCUGCUGCCAGGGUGAGUGCCAGUGGCUCCAUCUGGACCUCAUCAAGGAGAUGCGCCAGUUCUGCAAGUCUCUGUUCCCCGUGGUGGAAUAUGCCUACUGCACCAUCCCCACCUACCCCAGCGGCCAGAUCGGCUUCAUGCUCUGCAGCAAGACCCCGAGCACUAACUUCCGGGAGCCGGUGCAGCAGCUGACGCAGGAGCAAGUAGAGAAGAUGAGCCUCAAAUACUACAACUCGGACAUCCACCGCGCAGCCUUCGUGCUGCCCGAGUUUGCCCGAAAGGCCCUGAGCGAUGUGUGAGGAGACCAGGACGCCCACCUCGGCCUGUCCCAGGGACUUCAAGCCACAAGCACCCAUUCCAGGGUGCCCCUCUUCCUGCUCCGAGGACAUCGGCUGGCACUUGGCACCCCUCCCAGCUGAGGACCUCCUGCCAGCCAUCCCGCCCGCUGACCAAGUGUUACCGAACCCAGGACAUGCUCGAGGGGCCCCGUGCCAUGCUCUGCUGGGCAGGUGGGGGGGAGUGCAAGAUGUCUGUCUGUCCGUCUCUGUCCAGUCUGGUCAAUUAGUGUCUAUUAAUAUUGAUCAUCUGUGUACAGAACAAUCCUCACCUCUAACAAGCCCCUCACCAAACAGUGUAUUUAUAACCGAAAAAAAAAAAAAACCCUUACCUUCCGUCUUGGAGUCAAUACUGUGUAUUGGCUCCAAGGCAGAAGAGUGGUAAAGGCUAGGCAAUGGGGGUCAAGUGACUUGCCCAGGGUCACACAGCUGGGAAGUGUCCGAGGCCAGAUUUGAGCCUAGGACCUCCCAUCUCUAGGACUGGCUCUCAAUCCACUGAGUAACCCAGCUGUCCCUAUUGUUUUUAUUUUUUAUCAGACUCCUUUAUUUGACAAAUAAGGGAACUGAAACCUAGAGUGAGACGCUGAUUUUCCCAAGAACAAGAUAAAGGGAUUUAACCUCUGUUCUCCAGAUCCUUCCUUCUCUCUGGGUCUCAGUUUCUUCAUCUGAAAAAUGAAGGGGUCCAGUUAAAUUGCCACUGUAUUUGUGUAGCCCUGAGAAAAUAUGCAAUUAAUAUUUAUUUCCUGAGAUUUUGCAAUCCAUGUUCUCUUCCUCCCUCCUAAACCACAUUCCUCCCCAACAAUUCAGGUAAUGAGAUAUAGGAUAUAUAUAUUAUCAUAUAAUACAUAUUUCCAUGUUUGUCACAUUGUAUAACAAGAGAUAUACUGCUUACACUGGAGAAAAAUUCAUGGAAGAAAUAAAAUGAAGAAUGAAAUGUUUCAAUUUGCACUCCUAUUCUUCUAUGGCAGUGGAUAGCCUUUUCCAUCCUGAGUCCCUUGAAAUUGUCCUGGAUCCUUGCCUUGUUGAUAAUAGUUAAGUCAUUCACAGUUGAGCAUCAUACAUUAUUGUUGUUAACUGUACACAAUGUUCUCCUGGUUCUGCUUAGUUCAUUUUGUAUCACUUCAUAUAAAUCUUUCCAGGUUUGGUUUUUUUUUUUUUGUGUGAUCAUCCUAUUUGUCAUUUCUUAUGCCACAAUAGUAAUCCAUGACAAGCAUAUACCAGUUAGUUCAGCCAUUCUCCCAUUGAUGGAUAUGUCUUCAGUUUCUAGUUCUUUGCCACCAAAGAGAGCGGCUAUAAAUUUUUUUGUACAAGUAAAUUCUUUUCCCUUCUCUUUAAUCUCUUUGGAAUAUAGACCCUGGGGUGGAAUUGCUCACUAAAAGGGUAUGGGCAGUUUUAUGGCCCUUUGGACACGGUUCCAGAUUGCUCAUCCAACUGGUUGUAUCAGUUCACAGCUCUACCAAGAGUGUUUUAAUGUUCCAGUUUUUCCACAUCCCCUCCAACAUUUAUCAUUUUCCUUUUUUGUCACGUUAGCCAGUCUGAUGGGUGUGUUCAGUUCUUUUCAAAGUGAGAUUCAAGGACUCUGACCCACUACUUGCAGACACAUCUGGCCUAAGCUGGUUUUUAUUCAGGGGUCAAAUUAGGACUCAUAAUCUCACUUUUCUCUGAUCCUGCAAUGGGAGAUACUCUAGGAUGGGAGCAUUCUUUGAAUUUGCUAGGAACAAAGGAACGAAUAAAGAGGUCUGAGGAAGAGGAAACCUGAGCCUCAAUUCAAAAUCCAGAAAUAGAAAUAAUUCUAUAUAUUAGAAAUAAAUCUCAUUUUGAACCAUGCCUUCAAGGACAGGAAAGCCCAGAAAGACAUAACUGAACCAUGAAUGCACUAGGCAAUUGUGCAUGGGGCGUGAUUUGAGGAUAUCAAAGGGUCGAUCUACCCAGAAUGGUUUGCCCUGACAUAUUUCUCUGUCCCUCAGGCAAAUCUUCGGUCUAAUGCUUCUUCUCUAGCAUCUCACUGUAGCUGGGACCUCUUCUCCAGCCAAAAUGGUAUAGUCACCUAAACAAGUUGAGUCUUAGAUGAGUGGCCAUGGGUAAGCUACUUUUAACCUGUCUUUAUUGAUAAAUUGGAGGAGAAGGAAUGAAAUAAUCCUUGUAGUACCUACCUCACAGUUUUGUUAUGGGGAAAGUGCUUUGUAAACCUUCGAGUUUUGUGUAAAUGUAAACUUGUUUCAUGCUUUCUCUCCUUCAUGCCUUUAUUUUUUUUUUAACCCUUACCUUCCAUCUUAGAAUCAAUACUGUAUGUUGGUUCCAAAGCAGAAUGAUAAAAGGCUAGGCAAUGGAAGUUAAGUGACUUGCCCAGGGUCAUACAGCUAGGAAGUGUCUGAGGCCAUAUUUGAACCCAAGACCUCCUGUCUCUUGGCCUCGCUCUCUGUCCACUGAGUUAUUUAGAUGCCCCUUUAUGCUUAUGAUUUCCCUGUGCCUAGAGUGCCAUUCUCAGUUAUUCAAACUUUAUUUUUCCCUUAAGGCUUAGAUCACAUCUAAACUCUUCCACUACUCCUUCUUGUAGCAUUUAUAGCUUUCAGCAGAUUGUUAUGAAGAUGAAAUGAGAAGCAUGUCCCAGAUGUGUGACCCUGGGCAAGUCACUUAGCCGUAACUGCCUACCCCUUACUGCUCUUCUGCCUUGAAACCAAUAAUUAGUAUCAAUUCUACAGAAGGUAAGGGUUUAAAAAAAAAGAUGACAUUUCAAAACCACUUUGUAAAUGUUAAAGCAGCAUAUUAAUAGCAGAUAGCAUUCUUAUUGUUAUGGCUAUUAUCUUCUUCUGCAGCUCUCAGCCAGUGAUUUCUUGGUACUGAAACUCAGAUGAUGCUUUCCCAUAGUCCAUAGUCCCUUAGCUGCAGGGGAUGCUCUGAAGCUUUCUUGUCUUGACAGAAAGCAGUCGGAAUCCUUGUAUCCAGUUCAAAUGUGGUGCCAACCAAGGGACCCAGCUCUGAGUUCUUCCCUUAUACUACCCAGUUCUUGCAGACCUCUGGACUCACCAAGUUGCCUAGUGAUCAGAAAACAAAGCUGAAUAAUGCUGUCUGAAAACCAGAGAGGAGGGUAUUAGACACCAGAUGCUACAACUAGAGAAUCAUAGUGCUUGCUUUGAUGGUAGAAAUGCAACAUAAAAUGGUAGCCACAAAAACCCUUGCUGAGGCUGUGAAGAUGCUCAGAGAAGACACAUCCUAGAGGCAUUGUCUGCUGGGAAUCUUGUUUGGGGCAUAACUGAAAGUAAUUGAGGACAUACAGGCAUCUCAGGGAUGGAUGUUUAAAGAUAAGUUUCCUUUUUUUUUCCACCGGAGUUCUGUUGGGAGCCCUAUUUGUUAUCUUUGCAAAUAAAACAUUUUUUCUUCUUGGAA